AUGGCUUCUGGUCACCGUCGUGUAAGUUCAGGUUCAGACGGCGGCGAUCUUCUCCUCGACGAGAAGAAGAGAAAGCGUAUGCUUUCGAACCGCGAAUCCGCGAGGCGAUCGAGGAUGAGGAAGCAGAAACAAAUCGAAGAUCUGACCGAAGAAGCUGGCAGGUUGAAAAGCGAGAACGAAGGUCUUAAGCAGAAGAUUAAGGCGACGGAGGAUGCAUAUACUGAAAUGGAAGCGGCAAACAAUGUCGUUAGGGCACAAACUAUGGAGCUGAAAGAUCGGUUGCGCUUCCUUAAUUCGGUGGUGAAAAAUGCCCAAGAUGCUAAUGGUUGCUCUAAUGAUAUGUCUCUGUUUUCGGAUCCUCUUCUCAAGCCUUGGUUCAUGCCUCAUUCGAGUUAUUCUCUCAUUGCUUCAAAUGAUAUGUUGAGGCAUUGA